AUGGAAAGGCGCGCUUUGUUGCGCGUUGAUAGGGAGCCACCCACGUCCUCCGGCGGCCGUAGUCCUUUGGCCUCAACCGCCUCGGUGACAGCGGAGAGUGACGAGGAGUCUCCCUGGCCUAUGGCAAAACUCGAACACACCCUAUUCGACGAAUGGAUCCAUUCAACUGAGGCGCAGGAUAUUCCAAGUGAGGCUGCUCAGGUGCUGCACGAGUAUAGGGCGGUUUUCCCCGAUACCUUACCUAAAGGGUUACCUCCGAAGCGCCCUCAUGAUCAUCAUAUUCUCCCGGCGCCUGGGAAACUUCCAGCGAGAUCUGCAAUAUACCGUAUGACCCCAGAUCAGCUCACUUUCCACAAACAGGAGAUAGCCAAAUUAUCGGAAUAUGGUUGGAUCGGACCUACCUACUCGCCUAUUUGCUCCCCUACGAUCAUAGUGGACAAGCGUGAUGAUGGCUCCGGGGAGAGGAAGAUGCGGAUGGUUGUCAAUUAUCAAGCCUUGAAUGCGCUUACGAUAGCCCCUGAUUUUCCACUACCUCCCAUUCAAACCAUUCUGGAGCUGCUCUGA